CUUUACUAUGAUUUCAUAUUUACAGUUUUCACCUGGUGCAUGACUUUGAAACGGGGAAAAUCCCAUAGAUUUACAUUAAAGGAGGGACACCAGUAAUAUCUAGAGAGCAGAAUUUCAGAGAGACUUGAGGGUGCAGGAAUCUUCACACGAUGACCUCUCACUGGCUCUGUUGAUGGUGUGUUUGUGAAAGUGGGCCGCUAUGUCCCAGAUGCUUCACGUGGAGAUCCCAAACUUCGGCAGCACGGUGUUGGGCUCGCUGAAUGAGCAGCGUUUACUGGGGCAGUACUGCGACGUCUCCAUUCUGGUCAAAGGUCAAGCCUUCAAAGCUCACCGCGCCGUGCUGGCGGCGAGCAGCCUGUAUUUCCGUGACCUGUUCAGCAGCAGCGCUAAAGCGCGGUUUGAGCUGCCCUCGUCUGUGACGCCGGCAUGUUUCCAGCAGAUCCUCAGCUUCUGCUACACGGGCAAGCUCACCAUGGCGGCCAGCGAGCAGCUGGUGGUGAUGUACACUGCCGGUUACCUGCAAAUCCAGCACAUCGUGGAGCGCGGCAUGGACCUGAUGUUCAAAGCUAAUUCGCCGCACUGCGACUCGGCCACUGCCGCCAUGGACGAUCUGGGCUCAGAGCCACAGAGUCCCAGUAACAACUCGGGCUCGGUGCUGGGACCGCCGGGCUGGUCGUCCUUGCUGCCAGGCCAGACGCGCAGAAUCAAGCUGGAAGGAUCUGAUCCGCUGCUUAACCUCCAGAACAUCAGUGGUGGUAAAAGAGCCUCAAAUGGCGAUGGUGGCCGUUCAGCACGGGGCAGCUCUAUGUUCUUCGCCGGGACCGCUGGAGUAUUUCUGCCCGGGGCCACGCCGUAUCCUGUGGCCACCGGAGAACGCUCCAGUCCAGGAGCAUCCAGCCUGCCGACCACCGACAGUCCGACAUCGUACCAGAAUGAGGAUGAGGAGCUUGAGGAAGAGAUCUUUGAUGCUGAAGAAACCUACAGCCAGCUAUGUGGCCGCUCCGCUAACGCUUACGCAAUUACAGAGAAGUCUGAGAUGCCAUUGACGCCGCUGACACUGGAGAACCGUUCCUGUGUUCUGAUUCGUCGGGAUCUGGUGGCACUGCCCGCCAGCCUCAUCAGUCAGAUCGGUUAUCGAUGCCACCCAAAACUCUACAAGGAGGGAAACCCCGGCGAGAAACUAGAACUAGUAGGAGGUACAGGUGUGUUCAUGACCCGAGGUCAGCUGAUGAACUGUCACCUGUGUGCUGGUAUCAAACACAAGGUGCUGCUCAGGAGACUGUUAGCUACAUUCUUCGACAGGAACACAUUAGCUAACAGCUGUGGGACAGGCAUAAGAUCUUCAACCAGUGACCCGAGUCGAAAACCACUGGACAGUCGAGUCCUAAAUGCUGUUAAACUCUACUGUCAGAACUUCGCGCCCAACUUUAAGGAGAGCGAGAUGAACGUCAUCGCAGCUGACAUGUGCACAAACGCACGGCGCGUGCGCAAACGCUGGCUGCCCAAGAUCAAGUCCAUGUUGCCUGACGGCAUGGAGGUGUAUCAGGGCUCUUCUGUGCCUGCAGGCGUGGGUCUGGGCAUGAACGGGCUGCCCCUGGGCAUUCCCGUGCCCUAUGAGAACCUGCUACAUGCUGGUUUGACUCUGGAACAGCGGCUCUACGCUGAGCGCAAAGAACCAAUGAGAACUCGCGUACCACUGGACGGCGACAGGGAGGGAGGAGACUCAGAGCCCCGGCCAGAGGAGGAGCCUGACGAGGAGGAGGAGGAGGAGGAGGAAGCUCAAACCGACAGCACGGAUGAGACAUCGGGGGGCGGCUCCUUUCGUUCCCAAAGCCGAGGGCAGGGUCAGUGUAGCCACACCCCCUAAAAGGCAGCAGCAGGACGAGUUGUUUGCGGAGGGCCUGAGAUGAAACGGGCAGUGAUUGGUUUGCUCCGCCUUCUAAACUCAAGAAACGCCCCUUCAGUUCAAAUCAUCAUGUGAAUACACACUGAAGACGGUGCUGGUUAAUGGAACGCCAAACACACACAGGCAUCUCGCAUGAAAAACACAUGCAUUUGGCAUUUCAGUUAGCUGCUCAAAAGCGUUAACAUGUUUAGUGAAUCAAAUCAUUCGAGCAGUGACACAAACGUUGGCCACAUGCUCGAGAGAACAGCGGUCAUGUGGUGUUGUGAUGAAAUGAUGCCAGUGGCACAGCGGGUGACCUUCAUUGUGAAACUCAAUCUAAAGCUUUUUCAUGUUCUGUUCUUCAGAGCACUUUGGCACAAAUAUAGCACUAGAGUGAAUCUCAGCAAAACAAGCCCAGGGUCACAAAACACCCCAAAAUUAAAAGAGGAACAUUAGAAUUGGAAUUUUACAGUUAUACUGCAGUUUUUGCAUUGUGUCUCUAUUUUCAUGACAUUUCUCCCCCAAAUUCUCUUUAAUACAAUGUACUUAGACGUUUUUUUAUUCUCAUUAUUCUCAAUGAUGACUCUGAUUAGACUCAAAAUAUCAUUUAAAUACAGUUUUUUUUAUGUAGAAUUCAUUAAA